AUGAGUCUUAAUCGACAAAAUGGGACGCAAAGUGGUGCGGUGGAUGAUGAUGCGACAAAACCUGCACUGCAGGUUUUACCUCCAAGUUCGGUCAAGGAGUCUAUUCCUCAAUCAGCAUCAAUCCUGAAUCAAACAAAAAGUAGACUUGCCGAGCCAGUUGUUGCCGCAUUUAUGGCUGGUGGAGUAGCUGGUGCAGUCUCCCGGACCAUUGUAUCACCACUGGAACGUUUAAAGAUCCUACUGCAAAUUCAAAGUGUUGGACGAGAAGAAUACAAACUUUCCAUAUGGAAGGGUCUAAAGAAAAUGGGUCGAGAGGAAGGCUGGCGUGGAUUUAUGCGUGGUAAUGGGACCAACUGCAUCCGGAUCAUUCCCUACUCUGCAGUUCAAUUUGGAAGCUACAAUUUCUACAAGACAUUUGCUGAGUCUCCCGAUGGCGAUAUGUCACCAGCUCGUCGCCUCUUAUGUGGUGCGGCUGCAGGUAUCACGUCCGUGACUUUUACCUACCCUUUAGACAUUAUUCGUACACGACUUUCUAUCCAGUCUGCUUCGUUUGCAGACCUUGGGAACCGCGACCCUACUCAAAAACUCCCUGGCAUGUUGACUACCAUGGUAUCAAUAUACAAGAAUGAAGGAGGUACAAUUGCCCUUUAUCGCGGCAUUGCUCCUACCGUUGUUGGUGUGGCGCCUUAUGUGGGGCUGAACUUCAUGACCUACGAAUCGGUACGAACAUAUUUGACACCAGAUGGCGAGAAGAAUCCGAGCUCGUGGCGGAAGCUGCUGGCAGGUGCAAUCUCGGGGGCGGUGGCUCAAACAUGCACAUAUCCCUUCGAUGUUCUGCGACGACGCUUCCAAAUCAAUACCAUGACUGGAAUGGGGUAUCAAUACAAGUCAAUCUGGGAUGCCAUACGGGUCAUUGUGGCCGAGGAAGGCUUGCGAGGACUCUUCAAGGGAAUUGGGCCAAAUCUUCUCAAAGUUGCACCCAGCAUGGCCAGUAGUUGGCUUAGCUUUGAGUUGACGCGAGAUUUCCUGGUCAGUCUCGGGGACAAAGAUGACCGAAAGUCCAAGACCAAAAACCUCCUGCAGUUUCCAUACGGGUGCGACAGCAAGCUAACUCCAGGUGUUCAAUUCAUACCAGCAGCCAUGGGUAUCGACUUGGACCGGCACCAUGUGCGCAGCAGCCACCGCAAGGCUCCUAAGAGCGAGAACGUUUACUUGCAGGUGCUCGUGAAGCUCUACCGCUUCCUUGCUCGCCGCACCGAGUCCAACUUCAACAAGGCGGUUCUCCGUCGUCUCUUCAUGUCGCGCAUUAACCGUCCCCCCGUGUCGAUUUCGCGUGUCGCCGCCAACAUCAACGAGACCCAGAAGGGCAAGACCGUUGUUGUUAUCGGUACCGUCACCGAUGACAACCGCCUCCUGGCCGUUCCCAAGCUGUCCAUCGCUGCCCUGCGCUUCACCGCUACUGCCCGUGCCCGUAUUGAGAAGGCCGGUGGUGAGGUCCUGACUCUGGAUCAGCUCGCCCUGCGCGCCCCUACCGGUGCCAACACCCUUCUCCUGCGCGGACCUAAGAACGCCCGUGAAGCUGUCAAGCACUUCGGUUUCGGCCCCCACUCCCACAAGAAGCCUUACGUUGCCAGCAAGGGCCGCAAGUUCGAGCGGGCUCGUGGACGCAGACGCUCCAAGGGUUUCAAGGUCUAA